AUGGCGUCGACCGGCCUCGCCGCGCUGCCAUCGCAGCUCGCUUCCCCGGGCCGCCUGCGCCGCCGCGCCGCCCUCUCCUCUGCUAGCCGCUCGAAUCUCCUCCUCCACCGCGCAACCAAAGUUGGAUCGCGAUGCAGGCUGACGGUGACCUGCAACGCGCAGGCGGUGGCGCCGACCAGCAUUGCGCAGGGGACGCCCGUCCGGCCGACGAGCAUACUGGUGGUGGGCGCCACGGGGACGCUGGGGCGGCAGGUGGUCAGGAGGGCGCUGGACGAGGGCUACGACGUCAGGUGCCUCGUCAGGCCGCGCCCGGCGCCGGCAGAUUUCCUCCGGGACUGGGGCGCCACUGUCGUCAAUGCCGACCUCAGCAAGCCGGAGACCAUACCUGCGACACUUGUUGGUAUUCAUACCGUCAUUGACUGUGCGACAGGACGGCCAGAAGAGCCCAUCCGGACGGUAGAUUGGGAAGGAAAAGUUGCUCUAAUACAGUGUGCAAAGGCUAUGGGAAUUCAAAAGUAUGUGUUCUAUUCCAUCCACAACUGUGACAAGCAUCCUGAGGUUCCCUUGAUGGAAAUCAAGUAUUGUACUGAGAAGUUUAUUCAGGACAGUGGUCUGGAUUAUAUCAUCAUCCGUUUGUGUGGUUUCAUGCAGGGUCUUAUUGGGCAAUAUGCUGUGCCUAUACUAGAAGAGAAGUCUGUCUGGGGAACUGAUGCUCCAACUCGGAUUGCUUACAUGGAUACCCAGGACGUAGCUCGACUAACGUUUAUAGCUAUGCGGAAUGAGAAGGCCAACAAGAAACUCAUGACUUUUGCUGGCCCACGAGCUUGGACAACUCAAGAGGUGAUUACUUUGUGUGAGAGGUUAGCUGGGCAAGAUGCCAAUGUAACCACUGUCCCUGUUGCGGUAUUGAGAUUUACUCGUCAGUUGACACGGUUCUUCCAAUGGACAAAUGAUGUGGCUGACAGACUGGCAUUUUCAGAGGUGCUCUCAAGUGACACAGUUUUCUCUGCUCCAAUGAAUGAGACCUACCAGCUUCUCGGGGUGGAUGGGAAUGACAUCCUCAGCUUAGAGAAAUAUUUACAAGAUUAUUUUACCAACAUUUUGAAGAAGUUAAAGGAUCUCAAGGCACAAUCCAAGCAAACCGACAUAUUCUUUUGA